UUCAGUCUUCUCAUGGCGAAAGUCAACAGCGGGUCGUCCGGUUGCAGGGCCGUGGUCAGGGCCGGUCAGUUUUGGACGAGACCGCCAGCCCUGAGGCAGCAGCGGAGACUGGCCUCGGUGAACCAGCGCAUGAGGGCAUCCAGCGCCGUGGGACACGGGGGCAGAAACUCGGCGUGGAGCCAGCAGGAGCUCCCCAACUACCUCUGGUCCAACCCCACGCUGAUCUACAGAGAUGUGAAGGCUUUUCUCAAAGAAAUCGGAGGAGAUCCACGGGAGGCUCGCUACUGGUUAACGCACUUCCAGCGGGCCGGUUCAUUUCCAGCGUUUGCCGUUCUGGAGAUAGACACCUCAGUGUUUGAUAGCCGUGAGAUGGUUCAGAGUCUGGCCUUUGGGCUCUCGUUCCUGCAGCGGAUGGACAUGAAGCUCGUGGUGGUGAUGGGAUUGCCUCCUGAGGUGGAGGAAGAGACCGGAUCGUCCCUCGCCAGGACUACGAUGAUCAAACACUGUCAAGCUUUAACAGAAGCGCUCCAUCACAACUCAGCCAAUGUGAUGCCCUUCUUUAGCUCUGAGGCACUCUUACAACUGCAGCACGCUCAGGAUGAGAGCAGAGCUCCGUCGGUGCUCGUGGACUCGGCUCUUCUGCAGUGGACUCUGGACUGCAGAGUGAUUCCUCUGGUGUGUCCAGUGGGCCGUGACGCAGCUGGCCGCUCCUCUGUGCUCAGUCCGAUCCGGGUCACAGCAGCCAUCUCCCAGUCACUGCAGCCUCUCAAAGUCAUAUUCCUGAACAGCUCUGGGGGCGUCCGCAACCAGAACCGCAAGGUGUUGGGUUUGGUGUCAUUGCCGGGAGAUCUGUCAGGUCUGAGUUCAGCGAAAUGGCUGAGUGACGUGGAGCACAGACGCGUCAGGGCCAUCGCGCAGCUGCUCAACCUGCUCCCGGCGGAGAGCUCGGCCGUCCUCACCUCGGCCGACACGCUUCUCACGGAGCUCUUCAGCCACAAGGGCUCAGGCACCCUUUUUAAAAAUGGAGAUCCCAUUCACAGAUACAGUAGCAUGGACGACGUUGAUAUUGACCGUCUCUUGGUACUGAUUAACAAGUCUUUUGAGAAGAAGCUGAGAGAGGAUUAUAUAGCUUCUCUCAAGGGCAGACUGCAUUCCAUUUAUCUGUCUCAGGGGUACAGCGCAGCUGCUAUAAUCACCACAGAGCCUGUGAACAGCGGCACUCCAUACCUGGACAAAUUUGUGGUCAGCAGCGGUAAACAAGGCCAAGGAACCGGUCAGAUCUUGUGGGAGUGCAUUCGUCAGGAUUUGGGCAAGCUCUUCUGGAGAUCCCGCGCUACGAACCGCAUCAAUCCCUGGUCCGUCUUCCCUUCUAGGUUGCCUUGUUGUGAUUCUCAGUUUUUGCCCAUCUCAUUCUGCUUUAAAAUCCUCAGGUACUUCAAGCACUGCGAUGGCAGUUUUGUAAACGGUCACUGGAUUGUAUUCUGGCUCGGUCUUUCGGACAUCCGUGAGUCUUAUGAGCUGGUGGAGUAUGCCAAGUGCCUUCCUGACUCCUUCUGUUCUCACGUCACGACAGAAGCAAAAUCGCUUCUGCAACCUCAAGGGUCAUGAAGACAGUACUUGCCUCACAUGCUGUAUCUGGUUUUAUAUCUUAGCCGUGUUUUCGAGUGGCAUCGGUAACAAUGCCAAUGUCAUUACAGACCCAUAAGAAUUUAGUAGAAAGAAAUGUUGAGGUUUUGCGUCAUCGUCUAUUUACUGUAAGGUGAAAAAACUGGUUUAACUAAAUAUCUUCUUUUGUGUUCUACUCAAAGAAAGUGAUUUGUGUGGGUUUGGAGUGGCAGAAUUUUUAUUUAUGCCUGGAAUGCACUACUUCUUCUUUUUCUUCUUCUUCUACUCUUAAAAUUUGAUCAGAUUUUUAAAACACUAUGCAUAGUGACUACACACUAUACAUUACACCAGCAAGGAUCAUACACUUCUCAGACUUUAAAGUUGUUCCCAUCACAACAAACUCACAUAGAAACGUGUGCCUUGUUGCUAGGAGACGCAUGACAAAUGAAAACAAAUGUGUUCUAAAAUCAACUGAAAAUAUCAAAAUAAAUCACUAUUAUGACCUCACAAAUGGAACGUCAGUGCCACAAUAUAAUCUUUUAUUAUUAUUAUUAUUAUUAUUAUUAUUAUUAUUAUUAUUAUUAUUAUUAUUAUUCACGAACGGAAUUCAUUAUGUCGAGAACAAUAAUGGCGUUUGAAUUUGACUCCUGCAUAACUUUGGGUUACAUUGACAGCGAUUGGGUUUUGGAGAUGACGUCAUCAUGAUGGCUUGACAGGGCGCCAGAAUAAAAACAUUUCUAAAAUGCAACGUUGCAGUAGGUCGAAAACGUGUAAACGUGUAAUAAUAAGUUGUGUAAUUUAUAAUACUAAAUUACAAUAUAUUCAAAC